AUGAUGGAAACGAGUUUUAAUCUAAAACUUCAUAAUCAUCAACAUGCAGCUUAUUAUCAUUUUUUGUAUCGUGUUUCUUCUUGUUUUACAGGUAAACAAACAAUAAAUGUUGCAUCAUUCGUUUCGUUUCUACCAAGUUCUGAUAUUGAAACAGCACAACCGUAUGCUGCUAGACGUUUACGAGCUCCACUUAUGGGUCGUUCACUCGCAACAAAAUUAAAUGAUAAUGAUGAUUUCGAUUCAACAAAAAAUGAUACAAAUGAUAUAAAUAGUAGUGAUGAAAAUGAAUGGAUGAAAUUUAAUAAAGAACGUUUACUUUUGGCAUUAUUAAAUCAACCAAGAUGGAUUAAUUCGAAAAGAAGAGGACCACUUUUUGGAUAA